UCUCUAUCAUGACGUCACAUCCGUUUGCGUAUAAUCGACUCCUAAACUAUAUGGAUUAGCAUUGAGCUAACGUGUAACUCAACAGAAAAGCCCAUCCACAUGAGCAGAGAGUUGCGGGUCCCGCUCAGCACGAGCGAAGACACAGAACCCGGAAGUUGAAGUGACAGCGGAGGUUUUUCUUAUCCAACCCCCUCACGUCCUGACCCGGUUAGUGAAGACCGGUUCUCUGUGUUAGCACUCUCAUGUUGAAUAACGGUGUCAUUACAUGAUAAGCUCGCUCUUCAUUAAAAACAGCAGGACACGCGCUGACCGUACGGUCCAAUGACUAACAGGCUUAGUUAACCUCCUCGCGUUGUGGUCGUAGAACAACAUGGCUGCAAAGAGCAGGUGUGUGCUGCGGAUGCUGUUCAGUGGACUCAGAGCUCACACUGUUUGGUACCAGAGCUCAGCCUCGACCUCCCGUCAAGGACGCCCGCUGUGGAGACCUCAACUCAGACACCUGAGCUGCUCAUAUCCGGUCUGCAGGUCAAGGUCUCCAACCACAGGUCCCAGCAGUCUGUCGUUCAGGAGUCACACCUGUGGAGAACUGAGAUCGGAUCAUGUGGGUGAGGAAGUCACUCUGUGUGGCUGGGUCCAAUACCUCAGGCAAGACCUGUUUGUCAUCCUGCGAGAUUUCAGCGGCUUGGCCCAAGUUCUAAUCCCUCAGGACGAAUCUGCGAGUCAUUUGAAAGCAGCACUGCGUGAUCUCAUGGCCGAGUCUGUUGUCAAGGUAACGGGAACAGUCAGAAGACGACCCGCGGGGCAGGAGAACAAGGGGAUGCCAACUGGAGAAGUAGAAGUCCUGGCUCACGCUGUGGAGGUUUUUAAUGUGUGCCGGAAGUUGCCUUUUGAGAUUAAAGACUUUGUUAAAAAGUCUGAGUCUCUGCGGAUGCAGUAUCGCUACCUGGACCUGAGGUCCUCUCAGAUGCAGAAGAACCUCAGACUGAGGUCUCAGCUGGUGAUGAAGAUGAGAGAGUUCCUCUGUAAUGUGCACGGUUUUGUGGACGUGGAAACUCCGACCUUGUUUAAAAGAACACCGGGGGGAGCCAAAGAGUUUGUGGUUCCGUCCAGAGAGCCGGGCCGGUUCUACUCUCUGCCCCAGAGUCCACAGCAGUUUAAACAGCUUCUGAUGGUGGCUGGUGUAGACAGGUACUUCCAGAUGGCUCGGUGCUACCGAGAUGAAGGCUCCAAACCGGACCGGCAGCCCGAGUUCACCCAGGUAGACAUAGAAAUGUCUUUUGUGGACCAGGCCGGCAUCCUGUCCCUGGUGGAGGGUCUUUUACAGGACUCCUGGCCUGCAGAGAAAGGUCCCAUUACGGUCCCUUUCCAAACCAUGACAUAUGAAGAGGCCAUGAGAGACUACGGUGUGGACAAGCCCGACACCAGAUUCAGUAUGAAGCUGAUCGACCUCCGACAGCUUUUCUUAUCCACGGAGAUUGAUUUCCUCAGAUCAGCUCUCAGCCAACCGGGAGGCUCCGUCCAGGCCGUCUGUGUCCCCAGUGGAGCGAAACUGUUUGCUGGGAAAGAUUUGGAAGAACUGAAACAAAAAGCCAAGACUCAGUUCAGCCAGGAGCUCAGCGUGGUGCUGGUCAAAGCCGACGGGACUUUGAAGUCUCCCCUGAAGAAGCUGCUGUCUGUCUCGGCCACAGACGAGCUGCUGCAGAGGACCGGAGCCAAACCAGGAGACCUGGUGCUGAUGGUAGCCGGGUCCCUCCACACUGUGCGCCCGUUGCUGGGUAAUCUUCGUCUGCGAUGUGCGGAGCUCCUGGAGUCACGCGGCGCGUCAGUCCGUGACCCCUCAGCCUUCCACUUCUUGUGGGUUUUGGACUUCCCCCUCUUCUUGCCCAAAGAGGAGGAGCCGGAGCAGCUGGAGUCAGCUCAUCAUCCAUUCACUGCCCCACUGCCGGAGGACACGCAGCUGCUCUACACAGAGCCACAGAAGGUACGCGGUCAGCACUAUGACCUGGUGUUGAACGGCUGUGAGAUUGGAGGAGGCUCCAUCCGCAUCCACAAGGCCUCAGAGCAGCUUCACGUCCUGAAGAGUGUCCUCAAGGAGGAUCCCAGUCUUCUCUCUCACCUGCUGGAGGCUCUGGACUCCGGAGCACCCCCACAUGGAGGCAUUGCUCUGGGUUUGGACCGACUGGUCUCCAUCAUGGUCGGCGCUCCCAGCAUCCGUGACGUCAUCGCCUUCCCCAAGUCGUUCCGGGGUCAUGACCUCAUGAGCUGUGCCCCUGACUUUGUGUCUGAGGAGGAGCUGAAGUCUUACCACAUCUCUGUCAAAUGGCCAGCAGAGCGAGGAGCAGGAGAAGAGGGGAAGUGAGGCGGUAAAGAAGGAGGCGAUAAGGAGACAUCAAAGGGGUGAUACCUGAUGUGUCAGAUCUUUGCAACCCACACAGCAGAGGUUCGAGAGGACAAUGAGACGAGAUGAGCAGACAACCAGCUGUGAAGACCUCUGUCAGCCAGCCGGCAGAUGUGAGGAGGAGGAGCUGUGGCUUCAUCUCAGUACUGUCACUUUCUAAUGGAAGAGAAAAAGGGACCAGCAGACAUUAUGGAAAUCUGAAAAUGAACUGGUUAAACAAAGAAGAUUGUUUUCAAGUCUCACUGACAGCUAACACUGAUAUGUUGGUUUAUAGAUACUGAACCUCUGUUGUGGUGCUUAGACCAAUGCCUCAUACAAUCUGUCUUUAAUAACAAAGAUUUAUAUGAACAAUUUCCUCAAAUUAAGGACGAAUAGCUCAACUGAAUCUAAAGAGCUGCUUAUUUUGUAUUGGUUUGUGUCACAUGAUGUUUCAGACCGUGUCUCACCUUGAUAAGAAUAAACAUCUGGAUAAACUGUAAAAUCCACAGCCCUCGUUCUGUGUAAAAACAGCUGAAGCUAAUAUGAGGCUUCAGCUGUCUAAUUUGUGGGCGUCUUCCAAAUGUAGUCUUUAUCAUGUGGAUCCAGACGGUGUGCCCUUGCUGAGUUAUGUGAAGGGAUAGAAACACAAAGAGAGUAUUGCACCCAAAACAUGAUGACUUCUGAAGUUACUCAUUUGGAACGAGCACCGUCACUUAUACUGGAAUCGCUUUAAGAAGGAAACCUUUUGUGGUUAUUGAGGACAAGAGGAACAAUUGACAUUAACAGCAAAACUAUUUCAAUGUACUUAUGAUUAUUGCUAUGAGACAGACUUGGACAAUGUCAACCUAUCUUUUAAUAUCAUACAAGUUUACAGGGGAUAAAGAGAAAUAAAUGUCAGCUCAAUUUAGAAACUGCAGAUACAAAACGGCACACAAACCUAGGACUGCAUUAAAAACAUGGUUUGAAUAUUCCUGAUUGAUAAGAUAAUGACCAAAAAAACACAGACAAGAAUGUUCACUUCACGUGUAGAUACAUGUGCUUCACUGCACUUGAAGGGCCGGUGGAAUUUGUUUUCUGUGCACCAUGAGAGAAAACAGGACCAGAUUUACUGAGGCUUUACAAUUCAAUCCAAUUUUAUUUCU